CUGACUUACAUGUAUGUGUUUUUAUCUGAUGGCAAAACAGAAGUGUCUGCCCCCACGCCCACCCUGUCAGCAGCGGCCGCAGCAUGUGGGUCCUCCCCGCUGGCCUCCUGCAACUUGUGGGACGAACAAUAUGUGGAUGGAGUGUACAAUGGGGAAGCAGUAAGAGGGCAUAGCUCCACGUCAUGAACCCUAAUCACAACCUAAACGAGAGCAUGGAUCUCUAAACAGGUGCUGUGUCUGUGUGUGGAUCUGUGUCUUUGUGCAGUUAAUUUCAAUGCAGGUGAAAAUAUAAAUGUUCUGUAUUAUCCUCUGCAUUUCUGUGUUUGUAAGUGAGUGAGUUUGUUUGGGACCAUGGUGGGUUUUGAGAUUGGCUUGUCAAUGCGACGCGGCCUCACCUUUGCCACGGGCCUGGUGGAGUGUCUGUGUUUUGCCGGAGCUGUGUUUGGAUGGGCUUCGCUUGUUUUCGUCUUGAAGACAGAGGGAUACUUCAGCGAUCUGUGCGUCAACACCACAGGAGUCAAUGGAACACAGGUCCUAGAUUGCAGUGGACAGGAUGAGCAGUUCUCGCUUGUCUUCACCAUCGCUUCCUUCAUGAACAAUUUCCUGACACUGACCAGCGGUUUCCUCUUUGACCGUUUCGGCACGACAGUGGCCCGGCUCUUUGGAAUAUGUCUUUACUCCACGGGCACUUUGAUGGUGGCCUUCUCCUCUUCAGCUAUUUCCAACCUGCUCUUCCCAGCUCUCACCCUCCUGGCAGUCGGUGGCAUCAUGUUUCUGAUCACCAACAUGCAGGUUGGAAACUUGUUCGGCACACAUCGCUCCACCAUCAUCACGAUCUAUAACGGAGCCUUUGACUCGUCCUCAGCCCUGUUUUUUAUCAUCAAGUUGUUACAUGAGGUCGGAGUCUCUCUCCGAUCCGCCUUCCUCUUCCUGACGGCCUGCAGCAUCAUUCAUGUGUUCAGGACUUUCUUCUUGAUGCCCAGAAGCUUCAUUCCAUACCCGCUGCCUGAUCGCUACACCUACGGGAUAACCUGUGGCAAAUCAACCGCCCUGAGCUCCAAAGUGGCAGAGAAUGGGGACACACAGCCGGAGACCGAGGACUUGCACACUCCGCCCAACAAGGACGCACCAGCGGAACAAGAGAAGAGCUUCCGGGAGUGUUUGCUGUCCAGGUUCUUUGUGUUGCACCUGCUCUGGUUGUCGGUGAUGCAGCUCAGACAUUACCUGUUUAUCGGAACCCUCAACCCCAUGCUGGAGGGGCUGACAGGUGGAGAGCCAUCGCUGGUGAGCAAGUACAUCAAUGCCUUCGCCAUCACCCAGCUGUGUGGAGUGCUCUGCGCCCCCUGGAACGGCCUCAUCCUGGACAGACACAAGGGCAAACCUCGUGCUCUGGGCGAGAGUGAACAGGAGGCAGACCUGAGGGCCACCGUGCUCUCUCUCUUCCUGACAGUGCUGCAGUGUGUGUUCUUCUCAGUUUGUGCCACCAUCCCGUACCUGCCCCUGCAGUACCUCACCUUCAUCCUGCAGGUGCUCAACCGUUCCUUCCUCUUCGGGGGAAACGCGGCCUUCAUCAGCGUGGCCUUCCCGUCACGUCACUUUGGGAAGCUCUACGGUCUGGUCAUGGCUCUAUCUGCAGUGUUUACCAUCCUGCAGUAUCCUUGCGUUUCUCUGGUGAAGGGACCUCUGGGUGGAGACCCUCUAUAUCUGAACGUGGCUCUGACGCUGCUCAGCCUGUUGGCCUUCAUCCAUCCCCUCUCCGUCUACCUGCACUGUCGAGGUCUGGCCUCGCUGCGACCCGGGAGCCAAGCCGACCCUGCCUCCUCUCAAUGACUGUGAAUUGAGACUUAGCCUAAAUUGUAUUUUUUAUCUCCAGUGAUACUGUUACCUCCUCAGUUUGUUUUUAUGGCUGUGUUGCCACAUGUGGGACAUAAAGUCCUGCAUUCAUAAAUGCGCUACAGAUUGUAGCAAAAUGUGGCAACAGUGUGCUCGCCACACACUCAAAGCUUGUUCACAGCCGUAUCAACUUUGGUUCCCAGCCUGCUGUGACUGGACAUCUGUAUACGUUACAAAUAGUUCACACAGAUGUGGUGCGAAAGGUUUUUCUUGUCUGUUUUGUGUCUUAUUUAAUGCUCCCUGGUUAUGGUUGCUUUAAAGUGCCAAACGAUGACGCCAGUUUGUUAAAAAGCUGAAAGAGAAACAUUUAGAGAGACGUAAGACACAUUUAGGAGCUGAAAUCAAAAACACCAGACAUGAAAAUGUGAAGCCCCUCUGCUCGGGCAAAGGUCGCUAUCUUUUAAUCUUUUUACAUUUGGCAUUACAAUGUGUUUUGAGGUGAUCGGAUCACAAGCUCGACCACACGGGUGCAGAUUUACUUGUGGUGGUCAGGGAAGCACUGUGACCACGUUGUAAUUGCAGGGAAGCACAGCUCUGCCCUCUGCUGGACUCUCAGUGGAGCUGUUUUACACACAAAUGUGUUCUGUCAUUCUCAGGUGUUUGGUGUUUGUGUAACACAGAAGCAGAAUUUCUAACGUCAACUCCUACCUGUAAAGUGCCAGCUAAUGUCAACAUGUAAAGAAUCAUGUGUUUCCAUUUAAUGUUUUCUUGAAAAAAUAUAAUUCCAUAUGGUGGAAGAACUUUGCUGAAAUGUAACAAUAAAUAUGCAAAUAUGA